CUCAUUCUACACGUCACGUGACUAUCGUUUCCGGCAUGGCGGACUGAACUGGGGUGUUCUUUUGACGAGUGAAAUCUUCCGAAGUUGCGGAAAUGCAACUGAAACCCUCCGCUAGGCGAGCUUGGCAGUUUCCUCACCAGUCCUUUCACCAAUCAGGAUGACCAGGAGGGAGAGGUCAACGGUUAAGGCCAUGCAAGGACAUACCUACAUUCCCAUCAUCCUUUGUAUUCUAGCUGGACUACAAACAACAAAUGCCUCAUCCCUAGGACUAGCGUGUACUGUGUGCAGUGACACCCACCCAGGUUCUAACAUCACCUGUACCUGGAACACUCAGCCGAAUGUUUCCUACUCAUCCUUCUUCAAACUGCAGUUUGGAACUGCAUGUUCAAGUUAUACCUCAUGGCAAGUAUGUAGCAGCUCGUCAGACGGCUCAUGUGAAAUCCCCUUUCUUGACUGUGAAUCCACGUUCGACCGGUUUCAAGUGAAGGUGGAACCGUCCAACUCAGAGCCCCAAACAAUCAGCUUUUACAAGAGUGACAUUGUCAAACCCCUUCCCCCGGAAGAUCUGACUGUUGAGGCUAACAGCAGUACACAGCUGACAGUGCGGUGGAGGAUGCAUGAGUGUACAGAUUUGGGAUUCAACACCUACACUUGUCAGGUCGAAUGUACCUCACCGCAGAACAUAACCAUGACAUCAGAUGCUGAAGUUGACUUUCGCCCAGGAAGUUCCUCAAAGGACUUGCAGCGCCUGAGUCCUUACACACGGUACAGGGUCCGGGUCAGGUGUAAGCCCUUACAUGUAGGUCUUUGGGGCGACUUCACAGACACAGUGGAAGCACGAACUCAUGCUGAAGCCCCCUCACGUGGCCCUGUUGUACAGACACCUGAAGAUGUUUGGUUAGACUACAGAAAAGGGCUCAGAAAUGUCACCCUGGAGUGGGAGGCUUUGUCAACAGUAGAUUCCAAUGGAGUCCUUCAGGGAUAUCACAUCAGAGUCCAGGACGUGAGAACUGAUGAGGUUAUGGAGUUGACAGUGAACGACAGCGGUGCCCAGACAUACACCCGCACUCUGGGUCACCUGAAACUGUCGGGAUACCGAGUAAACAUCACGGCUUAUAACGAAGAGGGACACUCACCACCAACCUCACGCAUCAUUCCAGACAGAGCAACAAGGCCGGACCCUCCAAGAGACCCCGUUGCCUUGACAACGAGUGACAACAACCUUCAGUUGUCAUGGCAACCACCAGCAGAGGUCGGAGGCAUCGAAGCGUACGUCAUCCUCUGGUGCGAGUUGGAAACAGAUGCAUCCUGUUUAGGGCAGGAGAAUGACAAGAGUGUUAAUGGGAGUGAGCUGUCUGUCUCCCAGCAACAGCUCGGCGACAGCUGGCGACCUCUGACCCGCUAUAGGUUCGUGGUGAAGGCAGAGAAUUCUGCAGGACAGAGUGGGGCGUCGACGGCAGCCAUUGGCUAUGUUCAACAAGGAGUGCCGUCCUCCCCGCCCCAGAAUGUGACAGUCCAGGCUGAAACCUCCACAUCACUGCUGGUGAGCUGGAAGCCACCACCUCUCCAGGACAGGAGGGGGGUCAUCACCACAUACAGGGUGUAUUACUACGUCACACCGACUAUCAGUGGACAGCAGAUGGCUACAGUUGAGCAGAAUGUAACAGUGAGGAUCCCAGAUGACUCCCAGCCUGUACAGUUCUCCCUGUCAGAGCUGAAACCGUUCACAUACUACACAGUCAGACUGUCAGCAGUAACGUCACAGGGGGAGGGCGACAAAACUCAGCCUGUUGGCGCGAGGACCAGGGAGGCAGCUCCAAGUGACCCACCUUCUGAUGUGCGAAUUUACAAUGUCAACGUGAACAAUGUGACCAUGUCCUGGACACCCCCAUCUCAGCCCAAUGGAAUCAUCCGUUAUUACAUCAUCAAGUAUGGAGACAACACCACCUCAACAGAGGGAAACCACACAGCCUUCAUUUUAGAGGGUCUGGAAGGAGGCACUAACUAUGCCAUACGAGUACAAGGUUGUACUGCGGCAGAAACCCCAUGUGGACCCUUUUCAUCGGCACAGAAUGUUGAAACUAAAGUAGGAGUUCCUGGAGUUGUGCAGAAUCUGUUGGCAGAGUUUGAGCCCACAAGCGGCGAUGUCAGUGUCUCCUGGACACCGCCUGUGCUGAAAAACGGACGGGACAUCACCUACGUGGUUUCGUACGGACGGAAGGACAUUAGCAGGAGUGACAACACUGCUGUCACCACCAGUACAACACACUGGACCAGCAACAAGCCUGCGAGCACUUGCUCUGAUGGACUGGAGCUUUCGUUCAUGGUCCAUGCACGGACAAGGGACCCAGUAACUGGACAGGUGUUUGAUGGGCCGAGUUCAACCGUGUACCUGUCUUGUGAUGACAGACCAGGGACUGCACCCUCUUCUGGUGACAUGCACAGAGCCAGGCUGACGUUAGAAGCUAAAGUUGGGAUCAUACUAGCUGUACUUGUAGCCUGUUUGGUGGGUAUAGCUGCACUGGUGCCCCAAUGCAGGAAAAUGUAUAAGAAGACCAAGACUAAUGUUCCAGGCCCUGCAGACUUCAUCUCUGACCCUAACCAGGGUACGUACUACACCAUUCCUGAUGGGCCCCAGACCCUGAACAACCUCCAGAUCAUCAGCGAACAGUCGGGGAAGACUCCCGAGGUCCUGGACGACUUCAGCAAGCUUCGGGUGGAGAGGCAGUGGUCCCACGACUCUGCAUUCGGGUCUGAUUACGGCAACAACAACGUCGACUUAAACCUGGCCGAGAAAAAGGCCCACUACUCCGUUGGCGGCAGCAGCAGUGGCUACAGCGAUGUAUCGGAUGAGAACGCAGCCCUGCAACCAGACGCGAGCAAGGAGGAGAAUUCACUUUCAAACAAUCAAGAAGGUGAUGUGGCGGACUAUUCUAAGCUUGCUGACGUAGACGGUAACUUCAAGGACUUGAAAGUCAACUACGUCAAGCAGGACUUGAAAACAGUGAGCCCAAAAGGCUCAAAGUCGUCUCUAGAUAAUCUAGCAACGAUAACAGACUAUUCCAAGGUGGCGGAAAAAAGCCAUAGAAAGGAUUUGGACGUCAACUACGUUCGAAACACAGGAACAAGUGGGAACAAGCCUAAAGACGUCCACAGAACUGAAGAAUCAAGCCGUAAGCAUGCAGAUAUUCCUUAUAGGGAAAGUCCAGUUCCGCCCAAGUGUAAGACAGUUGAUCCAGACAGUGUAGUUUAUGUUACAGUAUAACUGAAACAGCCUUUACUGAGGGGUUAACAGGAUUUUCUUGCACGUAAAACUGAGCAUUUGCACGCCCAGAGUUUGUUGCUUAAGGGAUGAGAUACCUUUAUGGAAUAGACUUGCUUGAGAAGCAGAAGAAGCAAGUUUUUAAAUUUGAAAAGGCACUGUAGUUUGUGGAAAAGUUCAUUGUAAUCAGGUGACAGAUUUGGUCAGUGUAAAGAUGUCAUGAGCAGAGCAUAUAUGGGUUGUUUAAACCCCAUAUUCUAGCACUUUAACUGUAAAUUCAUGGAACCUAUCUUUCUGCCUGUAAACCCUUUCUCCACCUAAAAGCUGGCAACCGGACAAACAGAUACACAAACCCACAGCUCCGCCACCCAAAACAAUACUGUACACAGAAGUAAUUACUUGUAGCAUGGCACCUACACACACUGUAGGCUAGCCCAACGGACAUCAUGAUCUAAAAGUUCCUCAUAUAUACAAUGUAGUUAGAACCGUAUCCAAGAAAACCUUUGUCUACUUCUAUGACAAAGAAAUAACUUUUUGCAUUUCAAAACAUUCUGACAAUACCAUUCCAUGCUUAGAUACGCACUGUAUCUACAUGUAUUUAGAUUCCCAUUAGUACUGAAUUCUGACAAGAGAAACAAUGUGAAGGGAUACUUCAUUUACAGCAUUUUGGUUCUGAAUUCAGGGUAUAUCAUCACUAUACAUGUACCUAUCGUAAUUUUGUAGUCCAGCUGAAGCCAAUAUUAUUAGAAUAUUACUGGUAUUUCAGUAGUUGAGAGCUAAAAUAUCGUAAACAUGUACCAGUAGCUAUUAGAGCUAACAUGAAGUAGAAUUGUCCUGAAGCAGGGUAAAUCAAGGGCUGUCUAAAUGGUAGCAGGUUUUGGUAAGACUGGAAGUGAUUGCAUGUAAUUGCUGUGAAGAGUUGUUUUAUUAACAAUGCAUGUUUCUUCUGUAUAUAUACAUGUAUAAUGUAAUCAUUUAAUGGUUUUAAAGCCAGCACAGGGAUAGCUGUAAUUUGUUUCUGUCAAGCUUAUUGUGUAAUGGUAUAAGAAGCUUCUGUAUUCAGCAACCAGUGUUUUUUUUUACAUCUGACGUUUCAGUGAUUUGUGUCUACUACUGUCAAAAGGGCAAAACAACAGAUGACUGAGAUGUAAAAAAAACACUGGUUGUUGAAAAAGAACUUUCUUAUACAGGCUCUUGCCAACCUAAUGAAAUUAUACAGGGUCUUGUGUAAUGUUUUCGCUCCGUUACAGAAUUUCCCCCAUUUUCAGACCGUUCUGGCUAACCUCAAAGUUGUGAGAAAAGAACAAACUGCCUUUAGGUUAUGAAUUCAUAUGGAAACUGAAUAGCAAAUGGUUGACCAUUAAAACUAUAGCAAAAUAAACUGCCUUAUAACAAUCAUGGUUACAAACAAUUUUGAAAUUUCAGGGGCUUUUACGAACUAUGUUUCAUACACUGGAAUCAGUUACUAUGAUACUAAAAAAAGAUAAAUUGUACAUGCUAAAAUGCAUGUACUGAUAUGGAAACAGAAUUAGCAAAUGGUUCAACAUUAGAACUAUAGCAAACUGCCUGUAACAAUCAUGGUUAUAUACAAACACUUGUGAAAUUUCAGGGUCUAUUCUGACUGUUCAUGAACUGUGAUCAAUUACUAUGUGAUACUAAACAAUGUUGGAUGACUAAUUGUACAUACUAAAAAUUCCUAUAUAUUUUUGUGAUCAAUUGUGUUUUGUGUGAAUCCCGUUGUUGUUAGUCACGUGUCAUUUUGUGAUGCACAAAUUUGCCUAUGGUGCAAUUUCAGUGUGUAUUGAUGUUCGUACUUGCAUAUACAAUGUAUCAAUCAAUGAAGACGUAAAAAAAUCUAAAUCAUGUAAAAUAUAGGUUACCUGGAGUUUUUAGGCCCCAAAGAAGACAGAAAAUGAAAAUAUUUGGAAAGACAGAUAUUUUCUUUACGGUCCAGUUUAUUGAUUAUGACAUAAAAUGAUUUUAGUAGCAUGAAAAACAUGUUUAAUGUAGAAAAAUG